AUGGAAAAUGGCAGUCUUGACAAGUACUUGUACAACGAAAACAAGCCAACUCUACAUUGGGCCGAGAGGUAUCAGAUCAUCAAAGGUGUUGCAUCAAGCUUGUUGUAUCUUCAUGAGGAAUGGGAGAAAAUCGUCAUACAUCGAGAUAUAAAAGCAAGCAAUGUGCUCCUGGACAGACAAAUGAAUGGACGACUUGGUGAUUUUGGUCUAGCAAGGUUAUAUGACCAUGGCACAGUUGCUAAAACAACACAUGUGGUGGGCACCAUGGGAUAUCUUGCAGCAGAAAUUAUACGCACCGGAAAGGCAACGCCCUUAACAGAUGUGUUUGCAUUUGGCGUGUUUCUCCUAGAGGUCGCCUGUGGGUGUAGGCCAAUUAGUAGCAGCAAGAACAACACAGAGAUAGUGUUGGUCGAUUGGGUGCUUGAACACCACCGCAAUGUCUCAAUUCUCGACACAGUAGAUCCUCGACUCAUGGGGAAUUUCAACAUAGAGGAAGUCACUCUCGUGCUCAAACUAGGUUUAUUAUGCUCAUACCCAUCACCCAGUGCAAGGCCUAGCAUGCGAAAGGUCAUGCAAUACCUGGACCGUGGAGAGUCAAUUCCUGACAUGCCUCCAACAUAUGUGAGUUAUAGCAUGAUAGCAAUGAUGCAGAAUGAAGGGUUCUAUUCCUGCAUAAUGUCGUGCACUCCGUCGAAUAGCACUGUAUCUGGCAAGUCUUCGGUGACGGUUCUACAAGAAGGAAGAUGA